GGACUGUGGCGCUACCCAGGUCUCUGGGAAGAGGGCACUGAGCCAUUGAUGUGGCUUUACUGCUUCCAGCGGGACUGCUUCUAUGAAGGAGACGUCAAGGGUUUCCCCAUUUCACUCGUGGCACUCAGCACCUGCGCCGGCCUGAGAGGGAUCCUGCAGCUCUCAAAUACGAGCUACGGGAUCAAGCCUCUGGAAGCCGCAGCCAGGAAUCAGCACCUCGUGUACCCAGUGUGGAACGAAAACACGGAGGCUCAGCUGUUAGCAGAGAAGACUUCCCUUGGCUGGCCCGAGGAGGUGCUACCGGAGCCAGAGGAUGCAGCCGCAAUUUCCCUAAAGGACAAGCAAGUUGCCAGCAGACCCUCUCGGUACCUGGAAAUGCACGUUAUCCUGGACAAGGCUCUGUAUGACUACAUGGGAGCAGACAAGGAUGUCGUGGUGGCCAAGAUAGUGCAGCUUUUCAGCUACGUGAACAGUAUGUUUGCUCGCCUCAAUCUCACCAUAGUCCUGUCUUCCCUGGAGCUCUGGAUUGAAAAGAACAAAAUCCCAACCACAGGAGAUGCUGAGGAGCUGCUGCAGAGGUUCCUGCAGUGGAAAAAUGAGCAUCACGCGUCGUGGCUGCAGGACAUGAUGUUCCUAUUUGUUUACAGGGAGCAGUCCCGUUACGUGGGUGCAUCUUCUGCAAGGAAGCUGUGUCUCAAAACCCACGCUGGCGGCGUUGCCUUG